ACUGCUUUGGGUGUGCUGGCUGGUUUGGUGAUAUUCUUGUCGCUGUUGAAGACAAUCAGUUGGAAGAGGAGAUCCGAUUCAGCGACCAUCGACUUGAAGGUAAAGCUUAUUAUAUUGACUUUUGUGGUUUUCUACGCUGGAGAUGUGGCCAAUGUUUUUUUUCUUGUUACCUUAGCAACUGGACUCUACUGGCUUAUGCUUUGCAAGGCCCAACAGCAAGUGGAUAUCGAACUGCCACUUCCUCAUCAGGAAAAACAUUUUGCCACAUACAUUAUUUGCGCUUUUGUGCUCAAGGCGAUGCAGUUCCUCCACAAGCUGAUCAUGCAGUUAUCUGUGGAUGUUUUUUUCAUUGACUGGGAGAAGCCUCGAACCACAGCCAGCCGGACGGUCACAGCCAGAGGUCAACAGAAACAGGAUCUUACACCUGUUAGCAUUUGGAGGACCUAUUUUGUGGCCAAUGAGUGGAACAAGAUCCAGACCAUCCGCAAGACCAGGCCGACCUUUCAAAUCAUGGCUGUGCUUUUCUUUAUUGAAGUGUUGGGUUUCUCUGAAUACACAUUCAAGGAGCCCCGGACGCUUUUGAAGGCUUCCUCACAGAUGGACAACAAACCUUCUUACAGCACAAUUCUGCGCUAUGGUCUGGCAUCAACACUCUGGCUCUGCAUUGGGUUUCUCCAGGUCAUAUUCACUUUCUUUUACGAGAUUUGCGUAACUGACAAAAUUCGUCAGUUUCCGGAUCUCUGCUCAAUCAGCAAUAUUUCAGUGCUGCUCUUACCGCAGCGAUGUUAUGGCUACUACAUCCACGGACGCUCCGUGCACGGUCACGCUGACACCAACAUGGAGGAAAUGAGUCAAAAUCUCAGGAGAGAAGCCGAGUCACUGUGUGGCCAAAGAGGUCUUCUACCCAGCACGGACAUGCAAACUUUCCAGGUGGCUCUUUCCACACGGCUGCGCUCACAGUACGACAAGAUACGCGAGUCCUUUGCCAGGAGAUACGGACCAACACGGCUCAUGGAAGCCCACUCAGCCAACCAGUGGGAGCAAAACAUUCGGGCCUACCACACCAUGAACCACUUCCUUGGAUCAAUCAUCGAUCAUGCCCACCCUGACAUGGAUUAUUAUGUGAGGGACAAACUGGCAUUGGAGCGUGUCAUGGGCAUGGAGUUCCUAGAGCCAAUUGAGAAGAGCAUUUUUUAUAAUGAUGAAGCCCACAGUUUCAGCGAUAUGCUUUUUCAUGGACACGAAAGCACAUUGCUGGUUUUUGAUGCGUUGUUCUUCUGCGUUGCUGACCUUGCAUGUCAGAACUUUGUACUCGCAGGACUGCUGACAUACAUCCAGCAAAAGAUAUUCCGAAAGAUUCGCAUUCAUUUUGGAAAGAAGAACCUUGCCUACAAGACGCAGGUGGAUGAGCGAUUUCUGAUGUAAUUUCCAUGGAAAGUCUUUAAAAUGUCAAUGUUGUUCAUUUUAUUUAUUUUCUACAUUCACAAUAACUAUAACACUUACAAUAUUAAAAAAUAAACACUGAUGAACACCAA